AUGGCUUAUUUUAUGCCAGUAUUAAAGAAUCCAUUGAUCAAUGCUGUGUUUAACUGUCCUGAUCCCCAUGCAUCGCCAUUUAAAAAGCUUUACAAUGAAUUAAGGGACAAAGACUUUUUGCUAUUGGUACCGAAUGACUUCAUUCUUUUAUAUUAUAAGGAUUCGACUUCUAAUAUCUCGUUUAGGGAACUAUGCUAUACAUAUGAUUUCGUUGCAGCCCAUAUUCUUAUUCUUGAUAAGAAUAGUUCAACUGAUAAGAUAUCUAGCAGCAAUCAAAAGAAUGGGGAUGUUUAUUUAAAAUCACUGAAUGGAAAAGAAGUUCUCCUAAGGCAAUCAUUAUGCAUACCGAUUAAAGGAUAUUUCUCCAAAAGAAAGAGCCAGAUGAGAGAUGCCACACUGUUGACAAAUUUUAAUGAUUACUUGCAUGGUUCUGGUCAUUUUGGAAUUAUGCACAUUGAUUAUCCAUUAGGAGUUAGUGAUUGGACAUUAAUAGAUGAAUUGAAAGGUUUUGAAGAGUCAAGGGAAUUGCCUUUCCAUAGUCAAGAUAAAGAUAAACCCGGUUUGCUACAAAGAACAGAAGAGAAUAAAGCUGAUAGAGUAAAAUUUAUCCAACUAUUUCAAGAACGUAAAGAUUGGACCAUAGAGUUAGAAAAAUACCUUAAAAAAUAUCAAGCUAUGGAACCUUUACAAAAUAUUGGGUCUGAAUUAUUCCACGAUAUUGUCAAUAUGAUAUAUAAUACAUUAAAAGAAGAGCAAAGAUUUCAAAGAUUCACUAAUCUAUAUGAUAUAGCAUAUGAAUAUAUCGAAUCUUUGUUAUAUCAAGAUAUUUGGAAUAAAUUACAAGAACAUUAUAGAGAUAAAAUACUGGAUUUUAGACUUGUUUCUCAACUUUCAUUAGAUAUGCUGGAUACAACAUUCUAUAACCGUACAUUCAAGAAUUUCCAAUUGAUUGACAUAGUUAAUAUGGAAGCUUGCAUGGUUCAAGCAGUGUCUGUGUUUAAAGGAAUCAAGUCAGCAAACAGUUAUUCAAAAAAAGUAGACGUUAUCUUCAAAACUCUUAACAUAAUUACGGGAAAGAAUUCAGAUGAUACUAUUAGAGAUAAUACACUGCCAAAACUACCUCUAAUUGAUGCAGAUACAUUAGUUAGCUUAUUUGCGCUCCUAUUAUGUAGAGCUGGGGUAGAAGAUGUUUUCCUACAUGUUCAAUAUUUACAAUCAUUUUAUAAGGAUGAAAAUACAGUUAAGUUCGGUGCCUUAGGAUACACAUUAUCGACAAUUGAGGCAACUUUAUCUUACUUCUAUGAGCUUUCGAAUAGUGAUGAAUCUAGAAUCCAGCUUCAAAAAUUAUCUUUACUAGAAGAUUUUUUGAUAAAAAUAAGGAGCCAGCAUGACGAUUUGAUACCUAUCAAUCAGUUUAAAGACUACUUUAGAUAUAGAACACAGUAUGGAGAAUCCAUUUUGUCAUUGCUUAUUGCCAAUAAGAAAAAUGAAGCUUUGUGUGAAGCUUUAUUGAAUUUUGAAGAUAUUUUCCCGCUGGAUGAUUUAUUAUAUGACACCGACGUAAGUGGUUCAACAUUAUUGAUAAAAUGCUUGAAAGAAAGGAAUUUGGAAGCUGCAGAGAUUUUAAUUGAAAUAUUUCAAAAUUCGUGCACAAAUUCAGAACUUCUAAAUUAUUAUAACAAAACUGACAAAACCAAAAGGACACUGGCUCAUUAUAUUACAGAUGAAAUUGAAAUUUUGGAAAAAAUUGGGAAGUACAUUAAUUGGACUCUUAAAGAUUUAAAAGGGCGGACUGCAUUAUUCACCAUAUUUAGAAGUUAUGAUCAAACGACGUAUUCAAGUACUAUAAAAAUUGCAUUAGAUCAGGCUCUAUUGUGGUAUAAAAACAAUGAUAUUAUUUUUAAAGUCUCAGAUCAUACUGACUUAUUUGGCGAUUCAUUAUUACAUAUUUUAAAAUCUCAAGUUUCAUUAUUACUGAAAUUUGAAGAUCUAGAUAUUAACAUUCCAAAUCUGAAAGGAAUGACACCUCUGAUGACAUACGUUAAAUAUAAUAGAAUUGAUAACAUAAAAACAAUUCUUGAGGAUGGCAGGUUGAUAAUAAAGAAGCUACAAAAGGAUAAAUAUUUAAAUUGUUUGGAUUAUGGUAAGAAUUUUACAGUUUUUAAUCUACUGGCUGCAAAACUUAGUAAAGAUGUGAUAUUUGAGAACGCAUAUAUUUCAUAUGCUCGUUACGAGAAAUCUCAUUGGUACCUUUGUAUUUCGGUUCAAAAAGAUGAUCUUGAAUAUACGACAAACAUCAUCAAAUUAAAAAAAUAUUAUAACCUUAUAAAUGCUAUGCAAAAAAUAUACAAAUCUGACUUCAUUCCAUACUCAGAUAUGUUAGAUUGUUUAAAGAAAAUCAUUGAAGGGCAUAAUAUAUUACCAAUAAGAAGGUUAAAGAUUAAAAAUUAUCUGAAUUUCUUAUCUCAUGGCUUAAGUGCGCUAUUAUAUUUUGAGAAAAUAGAUCCACUUACGUUACUAGACGAAAAUCUGAUCAUAAAAUGGAUUUCCUCGAAACUUCAGCAACAAGAGAAGUCUAUUGAUGAUCAUAGUAGUUUCAAGCCCUUAUCGGCUGAGGAUAUAAAUAAUAUCAAAGCAUUUUGUGACUUUAGUUUUCAAGAAAUAGGUAAAACGAAUAAUGUAAUUCAGAGUUUUUUGAAGUUGAGUAUUUUUGGGGAAAUUAAGAAUACUGAUCUUAAUACUUCCUAUGAUAUUCUAGAAAGGUUGGGCUCAUAUUUUUCUAAUAAUGAAAUCUCGAGAACUUUGGGCGAUCUGCAAAGUAUAUCUCCACAUGUACAUUCAUCAAUGGUUUAUUAUGAGUUAUCACAGGACAUAUUAUUUAUGAAAAAAUGUACCCUAAUAUUAACCUCAAAAUUAGCAUCGUUCAUAAAAGACAAACUGUCAAUUUGGUUGAAAAAGAAUACAAAACUAUUAGAACAUCGAAAGGAAUACUCUAUUAAAUUUUUGCAGAGUAAUGAAGAAACUGGAAAUCUUUCUGAAAAUACGAGUGUGUUUAGAUAUGCCUGGAAUGUUACGUACAGGAAGGAGGAAGAAAGACGAUUAAAAUUCGCUAUGCUUGAGUUGGAGAGAGAUCUUAAAAAGCUUGGCACAGAAAUAAGAGUGAAGCAUGAAGAAUUAGCAGAAGAAUUUAGUGACUAUGUUAGGAUGAAAUCCAAGUUUAACAGUAACCUUCUGGUUAGGAAGUUUGUUUCUCUAAAUCUAGCUCAUCUAAAAGAACAGAGCAACCUCGUACAACGGAUUGCAAUGAAGCUUAAUACUAAAUAG